UACACAACGAUUACUUUUAUCUACUGGAUUGAGAAUGGAUGACGUCUUCAUAGCAUCAAAUGUCAAAUCAUAAUUGGAAGUUUAAAUGAGCGUGGACAAUUAAUACAUGACAGAAUCACGAUAAAAUGAAUGAAAUGAAUUAGUGGGUCAACGGAGUGUGAAAAGAUUUGAAAUCACAAUGGGCUCGAAAAUUGAAUAUGUAGAGUCAUCGCACAUGUACGCAACGAAUUACAUCCGCAAUUCAAAAGCUAUAGGAGUUUUGUGGGGUAUAUUUACGAUAUGUUAUGCGAUUAUCGGCGUUGUUGCUUUUGUCACACCAGAGUGGAUUGGAGAUCUGGAGCACGAGAAUCCAGGGAGAUUCGGAUUAUGGUCACGCUGCAGUUAUGGAGCCAAUGGUGAACUGGGCGAGGAGUGUAUAGGCAGACUCGAUGAUCUGUCAACAAUUGCCAAUGUGCCAUUCAGAGCUAGUACCAUUCUCGUUGGUGUUGCUGUGAUAGUAGCACUUCUGUCAAUUUGCACAAUGCUCCUAUUUUUUUUCUGCCAGAGCACUACUGUAUUCUACAUCUGUGGAUGGAUGCAGGUCCUGUCCGCGGUGUGCAUGGGUGCAGGAGUUGGAGUGUACCCACUCGGUUGGGAUUCCCUAUCGGUCAGAGCUGUCUGCGGGGCCUCAGCAUCUCGGUAUAAUCCAGGGGCAUGCGCCAUCAGGUGGGCCAUACCUCUUGCUGCCAUUGCAGCACUCGAUGCUGUCACUCUAGCAGCACUUGCCUUCAUCCUCGCGUCGAGACAUGUCAGGCUUCAGCCAGAACCUUUCAAUAAUGGUUCAUUGUAUAAAGGUGAAGUGAAUCCAGGAUACGUCAAUGAAGCGCAAAGUGUAGCUGGAUCGAGAAAGUCAUUGUCCUUGAGACCAGUCCUACUCGUGGCACCACCUGAGCAAGAUCGUUAUAGUGAACUUUCCCGUGCUAAAUCCCAUUCACAUCACAGUUUAUAUGCUGCAGGACCUCAUCCAGUUCACACACUAUCAACAAAUACACUGCACUCUCAGCGUAACUUCCAACUCUAAUGUUUUCAUCGAUUACGACUGAUUUUUUCGUAAUAAUCAUUCAUGUUACCUAUUGAAAAUGGAAGCUAAACUUCGUGGAAGAACAGGUGGAGGAUAGUCAUAAUGUUCGUUUUGUUGUAUUUGAGAGAAAUAAUAUUAUUCUUCAUCCUUAUAAUUGGUUAAUACUGGAAUGAUCGAUCUUAUUAAUGAAUGAAUCUGAGCGAAUGGAUAUCAGAUAUUUUUUAUAUUCAUUACCUUAUUGGUCUCAAAUGUGUAUUGAACAUAUAUGUCAUCGUUAAUUUUAGUCGUUUAUAUUAAAUGAUUUUUGUACUUCAAAUAGCGACUUUUUGAGGCGCUCAGUAUGAGUAAUUUUCAAGAAAUUAUGUCUAUAAUCGAGAUGGGAGAGAAAGUAUAAUAAACCGUUAAUUUUCGAGAAAA